AAAAACUUAAUGAUAAGAGUGUUCAUAUAUAUUUAACAACGACCAUCAAAAGGCACUAGUGCCGGUCUUUUUGUAGUGGACGUUAAGUUAGAUAAAACAGUUUUACAAUGAUUCCUUCAGGUUCUUACACAGUUUCCGAUAAAGGCACCUUUCCAGAUUAUUUGAAAGCAGUGGGAUAUUCUGGAGAUGUUGUAGUAUUUACAGUAGACGUUAUACACGAUGGCGACAGAUUUACCAUCAACGAAAAACACGGCGACCGUGUGAAAUCAACCACCUUUACCGUAGGAGAAGAAUUUGAUGAAAUUAUUAUGGGAAAACCAGUACCGAGUAUGGCCUCAAUCGAUAAUGAUGUUCUUACAAUUAAAAAUGGCGAUACAACUAAAACGUACAAUGUUACUCCCACUGGCUUAGAAAUCCUUUAUAAGGCACCCAAAGGUUCAGGAACACUCAUCUUUAAAAAAGACUAAACUCAUCGAAUGAAAUUAUAUACGCUUUGUACUUAUUUUUUUAAUAACUUUAUUUCCGUAACUAUAUUUUAAAAUUAUUGUUAGAUGCAUCGAAAAAUAAACUAUUUACAA